CCUGGGCGGGGUCCUCCGGACUCGGGUGCUGGGCGGUUCUGAUUUUUGAGCGUAGAGUCGUCCUCAGGGGAGGGAGCACCCCGAUCUGCUCGCAGAGCAACCUCGCCGUCAGCUCCCCAUUCCCGCAGCCGGAACCAGCCAUGCUCAGCAGUCAGGUGUCUUUCUUCCCCAUGGUCCACUUCAUCCUCUUUGUCUUCACGGCUUCCACUAUAUUUCACCUUCAGCAGCGGCUAGCGAAGAUUCAACCCACGUGGGAGUUUGAGACACUGGUUUUGGCGCCGACAGAAAGCCCCACGAGCCCCCCGCUCAGGGGAAUGUGGACGAUCAAUGCAAUUGGCCGCCUGGGGAACCAGAUGGGUGAGUACGCCACCCUGUACGCCCUGGCCAAGAUGAACGGGCGGCCGGCCUUCAUCCCGGCCGAGAUGCACAGCACGCUGGCCCCCAUCUUCAGAAUCACCCUCCCCGUCCUGCACGGCACCACGGCCAGCAAAAUCCCGUGGCAGAACUACCACCUGAACGACUGGAUGGAGGAGGAGUACCGCCACAUCCCGGGGGAGUACGUGCGCCUCACCGGCUACCCCUGCUCCUGGACCUUCUACCACCACCUCCGCCAUGAGAUCUUGCGGGAGUUCACCCUGCACGACCACGUGCGGGAGGAGGCUCAGAAGUUUCUGCGGGGCCUGCAGGUGAACGGAAGACAGCCGGGCACCUUCGUGGGGGUCCACGUGCGCCGGGGGGACUACGUGCAGGUCAUGCCAAACGUGUGGAAGGGCGUGGUUGCCGACCAGCGGUACCUAGAGCAGGCUCUGGACUGGUUCCGGACUCGCUACAACUCUCCCAUCUUUGUGGUCACCAGCAAUGGCAUGGCCUGGUGUCGGCAGAACAUCAACUCCUCCCGCGGUGAUGUGGUGUUCGCGGGCAAUGGCAUCGAGAGCUCACCAGCCAAGGAUUUUGCAUUGCUUACCCAGUGCAACCACACCAUCAUGACCAUUGGGACAUUCGGGAUCUGGGCUGCCUACCUUGCCGGUGGAGAGACCAUCUACCUGGCCAAUUACACGCUGCCCGACUCCCCCUUCCUCAAAAUCUUUAAGCCAGAGGCAGCCUUCCUGCCCGAGUGGGUGGGCAUCGCAGCUGACCUCUCCCCACUACUCAAGCACUGAUGUUAGCUGCGCUUGGCACCUCCUCCUUUGCUGGUAUUGUUACAUGUACCAGGACACUACCCACUGGCAUCAUAAUGCUUUGGGCGGCAAGUAACAGAAGUCACAACUGACUUGUUUAAAUAACGUAUUUAUUUUUUUUUGUUUGGUUUUUGUUUGUUUGUUUGUUUUUUUGUGACUCUGCUGGGACCUGAACUAAAUAACAUAUUUAUGUGUUUUACACAAGACUGGAGGCAGUGCACCUCUGGGGUUAGUUAAGUCAGCCGCCAAGCAGUGUCAUUGGUGACUCCAGUUCCAUCCAGGUUGUUCAACUGCCAUCAGCUCUCAGACCAGCUGGCUCCCUCAUGGUCCAAAAGGGCUGCCACAUAGCCAGGUGUCACAUGCAAACAAUCUCUUCAUGAAGCAACAACAACAAAAAAGGUUCGUUCUUGCAUCCCUUUAGAAGAGUGAGGGAAAGAUUCCAAAGCCCUCCAGCAACUGCCUCCCACACAUACAUAUCUCAUUGACUGGAAGUGUCUCACAUGCCCACAUAAAACAGAAGCCUUAAAUUGUGCAGGUUGUUCACUACACAAAGGCAACUGACCAAGGAGGCAAGUGAGGCUCAAGUAGAGCCAACAGCCUACUCUCCAAGCCAUGUGUCCUUAGGACUGUGUCCACCCAGGGGGCUCACUGUUUUCUAGUUAGCCUGCCCAGACCUGGGACCAUUUCAGCAACUUUUAUAAGAGCACCGCCCUACUGGCAAGUAGCUUGUGUACAUCUAAGACCACCCACCCCACUUCUGCAAUGCUGGCUUCCUAGGGCCUAGGAUGGUUCCUGGUGAGAACUCAGAGACCAGCAUGGCUCAGUGACCUUGAAGAGAGUCCAUUUCUUCUUUGUAAACGUUUGUUGUGGUGAAUGUAACCAACAGGAUCUCUGCUAGCAAAGGUUGGGUUAACAAAAUAUAGCAGCUUACAAUGACAGCCAUUUCUUAUUUCCCACAAUCCUAUGGGUCAGUUGAGUGGCUUUCUGCUCCAUGCAGUGUUGACUGAUGCCUCACGCAAGUGCAUUUUUGUGGAGUUCAAGUGGAGCAUCUUGAUCUCCUGCAUGUGGCCUGUCCUGCAGGAUAGCUUGGACUUCUGCAUCACAUGCUUUCUUUCAUCUUGCUUACUGGAACACUCAAUCAUUAGCAUCAUGUAAGAAGCCACCAUGCUAUGAGGAGGCCCAACCCCACUCAGAGGCCAUGGGUGGGUGCUACAAUAAACAGUCUUAGCUGAGGUCGACUUCAAAUCAUUCGGUGUAGGUAUCAGAUAUGAUUCUAUGGGUCAUUCAAGUCAGCCUUAGCAUCCAGCUGAGGUUCCUGAUGACAUGUUGCAGAGAGAAGUCCUAACCUGACUCCUGAUUCAUGAAUUCUGUGAGCAUAACAAUAUGAUUGCUCUAUGCUGUGAAGUUUGGGGAUAUCUGUGAUAUAGCCAUAGAUACACUAAGUCAAUAAUUCUCUAUUAUUUGCAGACACUUUCAUGAUUUUGGCAUGAACUAAAACAUGAACUUCUGCACCUGACUUGAGAUCCCACGUGCAAAGGCCCUGUGGCAGGGGGAAUCUAGUGCUACAUGAGAGUGGAACAAGGCCAGUGUGGCUGGAACACAUGUAGGAGAGAAUGUAGGAGAGAAGUUAGCAGGGUUGACCAUGAAAGGCAUUGCGGACCAUGGCAAGGGCUUUGGGUUUUAUUCUAAGACCAAGGGGAAGCCAUUAGAGGGUCUAAAUUAGGGGAGUAACACAGUCGGAUUUGCUAUGUGGACUACUCUGGCUGCUAUGUGGAGGAAGGGCUAUAGGGACAAGAGUGGAGGCAGAACCAGGGAGAGGGCUACUGUAACAUUCCUAGCGAAAAGUGGCAGUGGGCCAAGGAGGUAAUGGUAGAAGCUUAGAGGUCUCAUUUCAAGGGCUCAACAGAGACUCCUAAUACUUCUCUGCCAGUGUCACAAUCCUUAAAGAGACAAUCCAGAUACCCCAAUCAGAUGGAUGUUUGAGUCAACCAUUCACCACGGGCCAAUUAUCUGAGGGCAUGCAGAAGGUCACAUAAUACAACAUGGCCACCAUGUUUGUAAGGAAGUUGGUCUGAUAAGAAGGUAAUAAAAGAACAUAAGGACUGGGAA